AUGGCAGAGGAGACAUCGUUGGUUGCAGAUAAGGUUCCAGAGCCAGCGGUGAUUGAUGCCGUCGCAGAUGCAAUGCCGGACAGCCUCGAAGACGCUCUCCGGAUUGUGUUGAUGAAAGCUCGUGAGACGAAUGGCCUCAUUUGCGGCCUUUCAGAGGUGACACGGGCCUUGGACCGCCGCACGGCUCACCUUUGUGUACUUGCUGAUGAUUGCGAGGAUGAGGAAUACAAAAAGCUUGUUACUGCUCUCGCCAAACAAAACAACAUUGACCUCGUAAGCAUGGACGAGCGCGAGAAACUCGCUCAAUGGGCAGGACUCACCAGAAUGGCCGCCGACGGUUCGGUACGGAAGACGUUGAAGUGUUCCUGCCUUGCUGUAAGGGAUUUUGGCGAGCGCACAAAGGCUCUUGACUACCUUCUGUCGCAACUGCAGUAA